AUGAAGUUCUCAAUUGUUACCCUUGCUACCGCGGUUCCUGCUCUUGCUGAGUGGCUCCUGUUUCUGUUGAUACUAGGUUCUCUCUGCUGGAAUAAGCUCACAGCCACAAGUCUCAACUUUAGGGUGAAGGCUCUCCUGGCCAUGAACUUGGUAACGAAUCGCGCUUGGGUUGGAUCGGAGACUGAUGGUUGGCUGUUGAUGGGCUGUUCAUCAGCAAGUGACUGGACACUAAGUCGAGCUUUGGCUUUUGACGACAGUUCAUCUUGGGCCAGUUUGAUCUGGUUUGAGACAAAAUCCGAGCUGGAGCAGCCCGUAAAGAAAAGUCAUCAUCUCGUUAUUUAA